AUGGCACGAAUUGCAGCUCUCCUAGGUCUAGCCACCAUCAUCACCCAAAGCUCCGCGCAUUUCCUCCUAAACUACCCCGCCACCUAUGGAUUCAACGAUGAUGCCGAAGGAACCGCUCCUUGCGGUGGAUUUUCCGUGGCUUACGAUCACAACGUCACCGAAUUCCACGUCGAUGGAGAUUCAAUUGCAAUGACCUCUACUCACCCAACGACAACAUGGCUGUUCCGAGCCAUGGUCGGAGAUGAUACCGCUGCCGCCAACUGGACCAAUCUUAUUCCCACCAUUCAACAAACCGGCCUAGGCGAUUUCUGCGAACCAACCAUCACCGUCCCCUCUACAUUCGCCGGAAAUAAGGGUGUCGUAAAUGUUGUCGCCGAUGGUCCAGAUGGUCUCCUCUACCAAUGCGCCGCCGUAUCCUUCGUCACCGGAGCCGCAACCGCCACCCCAACUGCAUGCAAAAACGCAACCGGUGUAUCAGCAAGCUACGCUGCCGAUUCGGCCCUCUCCAGCCUCCCCGCUUCCGCAACCGCAACCGCCAGCGAAACCUCCGGCACAGCUGCUGCGACCAGUUCCAGCGCAGCUGGAGCUUUGACAGUCGGACCUAUGGAAUACGGUGCUGUGGGAACGUUGAUGUGGGUUGGAAGUAUUGGUGUUGCAAGUUUUGCUGCAUUUUUGUUGUAA